AUGGCGAUGGAGAUACUUGGCAGGGGAAUUACCAAGUUUGAUGGAUCAGACUUCCAAACCUGGAAAUUUAAAGUGAAGCAACUACUGAUGGCACAUGGGCUUGAAGACUUAGUGGACGGCACGCGGAUAAGACCGGCCGGUGGAGCAGCGGACGCGGCGGUGAAGGUGUGGGUCAAGGAUAACUCAAAGGCAAUGAGCCUGAUCUCAACAGCAAUUGAAAGGAAACAAUUGCGAGGGCUAAUCACCUGUUCUACAGCAAGGGACAUGUGGAUGACCUUGACAGGAAUCUACGAACAAAAGUCAGCAUCGAAUAGAUUACUACUGUUGCAAAGCAUGUAUCAAACAAUUUUAUUACAAAAACAAUUAUUACAAAAUCUCGCUAGUCAAUUGAAGGAUGCGGGUCAAGACAUAACGGAAGUCGAUAUAAUGGCCAAAAUACUAGGCUCACUACCAGCAAAAUACAGUACACUUGCAACAGCGUGGGAUAGCGUACCAGUGGAAGAGCAACGGAGGACAUUUUGCCCUUGCUACAAAAAGAAAAGGGACAAAGAAAAGGACACAGACAACGACAGAGAAAACAAUGCUUUCGUUGCCACAGUGCCGAGUAUGAAAAAUAAUAAGUGGGAGGUGCCGCCAUCUAGUGAAGCCAUACAGGAAUUGAAAUCCAUGAACUCGGAAGAUACUUGGAUAACCGACAGUGGAGCGUCACGCCACAUGACUUACCGACGCGAAUGGCUUACCGACCUAACACCUUUGGCAGGUGAACUAGUGUCAUUAGGAAAUAGUGGACAGUGCAAAGUCACCGGCAGUGGCACAGUAAUCAUAGACAAAUUAGUAAACGGUAAAUGGCAACAAGCACGAAUAGAAGACGUGCUUCUAGUACCAGACAUUAAAAAGAAUCUGUUUUCUGUGGGAGCCUGUGCAAGGAAAGGCUACAAUGUUAUCUUCGACAAACAAAGUGUAGUGCUAAUGAAAAGGGGCAAAAUACAAGCAGUAGGUCACAAGCAAUCGAACGACAUAUACAAGCUGUUCUUCAAAGUGAACGCACAAAACAGUGGCAAUGAAGCGAAUAUGUCUGCCACGAACUUGCGCCAGUGGCAUGAAAGACUAAGACACAUAAACAUCGGAUAA